CUUGUUGCUAAGAUUGUGUUCUGAGUUGAUUUGGCCAUCCAGAUUGACAGGAUUUGCCUGUUCUUAAUCAUGGUGAUUCCUUCCCUCCUGCUUUCCAUGGUCGACGAACGCAAGCAUCUAAUGCCCAGAACUCAUUCAUCGCCCCCGACCUUCCUAUAUAUCACCCAUGCCUUCCUUCUACCUCGCCACAAGGUGAAGUUGAAUCAGACAUCUCUCUCUCAUCCAUCGAUCCACUCGAGGUGAGCGAAUGGCUUUCAGGAGAAUUAUCAAAGAGCUCAAGGAUCUGCAGAAAGACCCACCAACUUCCUGCAGUGCUGGUCCUGUGGCAGAUGACAUGUACCAUUGGCAAGCCACAAUUAUGGGGCCUAAUGACAGCCCCUAUGCAGGUGGACUCUUCAUUGUCACCAUCCACUUCCCACCAGACUAUCCAUUCAAGCCUCCCAAGGUGGCAUUCAAGACCAGAGUCUUCCAUCCAAACAUCAACAGCAAUGGCAACAUCUGCUUGGACAUACUGAAGGAUCAGUGGAGUCCAGCACUGACCAUCUCGAAGGUGUUGCUAUCCAUUUGUUCCUUGCUCACUGACCCAAACCCUGACGAUCCACUGGUUCCUGAGAUUGCUCAUAUGUGCAAGAAUGACCCUUCAAGAUACGAAUCUACUGCUCGCAAUUGGACCCAGAAAUAUGCCAUGCUUUGAGCCUCAAGAAACAUCCUUCUUGUCAUGUAAUAAGUUUAAGGACAUUUUUGAGUAGGUCACGUUGAAUUAA